AACGCAUUGAUUGUGUGUGUGUGUGUGUGUGUGUGUGUGUGUGUGUGUGUGUGUGUGUGUGUGUGUGUGUGUGGGGUGCACUGGUGCCUGGUAACCUUAAUGCUAUGACAUGAAUGCGGUGGACCGGCCGCUGUGCUCCUGAAGACACUGUUUGCUAUUAGAUAAGUAUUAAGCUCAUGGUAGGCUCUUUGGGAUUGAAUGUGCACUAAUGAUGCACUACUCAAACUGGCUUAUUGGCGUGAAAAACAGGGCAAGCCUUCGAAAUGCAUGCAAAACACCACCUAACAGCGACUGGAACAAUAGGGGAAAUGUUGUGGACGUGCAGAAUAACAACCCGCUGCCUAAUGAAAAGACAUCCGAGCGAAUGGUCACCACCCACCUCUGGAAAAAAGGCUACAAAAUAAUCAAGAAAAUUGGGGAGGGCACAUUUUCAGAGGUGAUGAAAACUCAGAGCCUGAAAGAUGGGAAGUUCUACGCAUGUAAAACCAUGAAGCAGACAAUAAACAGUCUGGAGCAGGCCAACAACCUGCGGGAAGUCCAGGCGAUGAAGAGACUGAGCCCGCAUGCAAACAUCAUCCAGCUCCAUGAUCUGAUUUUUGACAAAGAAACUGGAACUGUGUCUUUGAUUUGUGAGCUGAUGGAGAUGAACAUCUACGAGUUCAUACAAGGAAGAGAAACGCCGCUGCCUGACCACACAGUGAAGAACUUUAUGUACCAGCUUUGCAAGUCACUCGAACAUAUGCACAGCUGUGGGAUCUUUCACAGAGAUGUGAAGCCAGAAAACAUUCUCAUCAAACAAAAUGGUCUGAAGCUUGGCGACUUCGGCUCAUGUCGGAGUGUGUACUCCAAGCCCCCGCACACAGAGUACAUCUCCACGCGCUGGUACAGAGCCCCAGAGUGCCUCCUCACUGAUGGGUACUACAGCUUGAAGAUGGACAUGUGGAGUGCUGGCUGUGUCUUCUUUGAGAUCAUGAGUUUGAAUCCUCUUUUCCCUGGAACCAAUGAACUGGACCAGGUUGCCAAGAUCCACGAUGUGUUGGGGACACCAGAUCAAAGUAUCCUCCAAAAGUUCAAGCAGUCUAGAGCGAUGCAUUUCAACUUCCCCCCCAAAAAAGGCACUGGUAUCUCGCGGUUAAUCCCUAGCUGCCCUGCUCCAGCUCUGUCGCUGCUCUAUCAGAUGCUCGCCUAUGACCCAGAUGAACGCAUCAGUGCAGAAACAGCCCUGCGGCACACAUACUUUAGGGAAAUCAGGGUGGCGGAGAAGAAAGCCGAGAGUCUUCACAGACUUUCUGGAACUAUGGAUGGAAUAGAGAGUAGUGGGAUGCCCAACUCCUUAGACCACAUCUGGCGACCAACCAGACUAGGCAAACAGCUGAGGGGAAGGCACACAAGGCAAACACCUUUAAUGAGCCAUAACAUGAAGCAUGUAGCAGAGCCCCUCAUCAGACGGAACGCCCCACAUUAUCCUACAGAGCUGCCCAAGCUCAACAUGGUCGUACCAGGACCACAGAUGUCCUUCCCAGUCUCCACUGUGCCUGCAUUUACUGUCACCCACCGAGGCACACUGCCAACCAUCACAUCGAAAAAGUGCCAGACACGGUUGGCCAAGCCCCGGGAUGAGUCACACCACGCAGCUUUCAAGACCUACUACAUGCCACCUCUGGAUAGGAAACAUGGAGGCUACUGAGAGCCAAAAACACUUGAACAUCUGAUUAAAAAUUGCCUCUUUAAAACAUGAUAGACCUGUACUGAUAAACAGAGUGUGGAGAGGACGAUGUUUGGGUAGGCCUGAUGCUUCAAUCUGUAAAGCGAACCCAAACCUGUCAUCUUACCAGUUAUGACUGCUACAUCAAAGUUUUUAACCCUCACUGUAAUGAUGACAUUUAAUGUGUUCUCUUCACAAAAAAAAUAUUAAGAGUCUGUCAUAGUAUGUUGGAUUGAGAGUGUGUAGUUUAGUUACGGCAUAGUCAGGUGUUACAUGUUUACAACUGUUUAGAAAUAUACUUCAGUCUGAGCCUAUUACACAAGCUAAGCAAUAAGAUAUUUGACAAGUGAACAGCUGUUUACCAGGUGAAUUAAAUGGUGUAACAUCUUUGAUGAGGAACAUGGUCAGUGCCUAUAAAAAGUAGUCGCACCCCAAGAACUUUGAUCACAAAUUAUUAAAUAUGCUAUUUUUAUACCGAUCAACAGAAAAAUAUUUUAAAGUAUCUACAAACUGAUUUGAAUUAAGAGCAAAUAUAAAACAAAAAAUGUGUAAGUAUUCACCCUUUGCUGUGAUAAAUGAUAAGCUGAAUAAGACUGCCUGUAUGUUAAUUAUGGUGCGACAAGGUCAACGUCCUGCUAAAAACUAUACCAUGAUGACAAAAAUACUACACACUAUUUAUUUGAUCAGCUGUGAUUCAGUCCAACAACGGGGUUGAGCACUUUUUAUAAGCACUGUACACUUGUGAUGAUCUCUUUUGAAUAGCUGUGAAUGAACUCCUCAGAACAAACCGAUAUGUAGAGCAACAGUCUUCCUGUACAAAGGUAAACAGCAAAAACAUUCACAUUAAGUGCUUCACAAUUAUUGUAAGCAACAACAUUGUCUUUGGAGAAGUCUUUUAAAGGCAAAUUCCACGAUCCAACCGUACUGUAAAUAAAUAGCCACCUGCGGGCAACAAACCGCAGAAUUAGAAAAGUUAGUGGCAAAAAAAAAAAGUUCUCUUUUAGAUCAAUUAUGUAUGUGAAAACAUCUGUGUUUGCAGAUGCGGCCUUAAGAAAAUCUUUUUUUAAAGCUUUGUUUAGAAUGUAGCUUGGCCAGUAUCCUCAUACCUCCUCACUUAAAGCAUUGUGGCUUAAAAAAAAAAAAGUACCAUUUCAUUCAGAGCUGUGAGCUCUUUAAAUUGGACUGUGACUCAGUCUGCACUUUAUUGUGUUGGUUAUUGUGACUGCAUAAUCAGUAAAAAAAAAAGUCAAGUAUAAUUUGUAUGAUGUUGUCAUUAACCUGCAUUAUAAAUACUUAAAUCUUUUACGUCUGUAUAACCUGACGCAAAGAUGUUUAAAAAAAACAAACUGAUGAUUUUUUUUAUGAAUAAUAAAAGCAAGAAAUGUAAAAUGUUAUCUACUUCACACAUGUAUUUUGUUCUAUUUGUCUAGUGUAGGGGUCACUGGACUCUUUGUGGCACCAAUUAUUGCUCAUCACACAAAAAUAAAGUACAUGAAUACUGCA